AUAGAAAGCUAGACUUUUAGUUAUGAUCAUAGUUAAAAUCCUGAUGGCCGAAAGUCUUGCAAACAUUAUUGCCGAAAGUCAUAUUCAGGAAUACUAUUCUCUGACAUGGAGGCAUCAAAAUUUCAACUUCUAACAGGGAAUGAUAAACAAAACAAACAGACCAUGAUUUUCAUUGCUCAAAAUAUAGAGGUAUUUACCUUUUUCCCUUUUACUAGUACACAUUUAACCUGUCAAAUUUCUGUUGUCCAUUACUCAUCUUUCUUUUCAUUCUAAUAUGCCUACCUACCCUAUAAGCAUCAUUAAUGAAUUACAAGAGAGUGAGAGGUAGUUUGAUUUCUGAAGAGAUCAUGCAUUUAAAAGGAGCAGAAUGUGCUUGCACAAUAAGUUCUCACCUAUAGAACCCUGAUUCCAUCUUCAGACUUUUUCUCUCAGCCACCUAAAUGUUCAAGCCAGAUUGAAGAGCCUGAUUUCGAAGGGCCUUGUGAUCAACCUCAUGCAAGGCCAAUUCAAAAUUUCUUUGCCUUCUUUCCCUCACAGAAAACAUAUACCUCUGAAACUCCUCUAAACAUGGAGUCCUGGGAAAUUGCUGUAAACCAUGUCCAACAGCACGGAAACUCAUCUCAUCAUCCUAAUUCCAGCACAAAUUUCUCAUCUCUCAGCACUGAAGAUGACGCAAGAGAUUAUCAACCAAGCAUUGUUGAUGACAAGAGGCUCAGGAGAAUGAUAUCUAACAAAGAAUCUGCGAGAAUAUCAAGGAUGCGAAAGAAGCAACAUAUUGAAGAGCUCAAAUCACAGGUUAAUCAACUUCAAACAAUUAAUGGUCAGCUUUCACAAAAGCUCAUCAAUCUCCUGGACAGCAACCACGAGAUCCUCCAAGAGAAUGCUCAGCUCAAAGAGAAAGUUUCUACUCUUCAUAUGGUACUUGCCGAUGUGUUUACAACUCUGAAGAAUCCGGAAUACACCUCCCUGGAACAUAAAUCGUCUUAUUAGAGAUGCAGAUACCAGUCAAUUGGGGUAUAUAACAACUUUUGAGGUUAAAAUGAAUGAUAAAUUUGUUUUGGAGCUGGAAUCCUAUGGGUUUCUUUUGUUCAUGUAAUUUAAUGUAUAGAAAUCAUUACACGCCUCAUUGGAAUUACGGUUGUAAUCAUAUAUGGUUUAAUACAUAAUAAACUCCUCAGACAAGCAUAUGUCAAAAUUUAUAAUA